CCAACCCCACAUCCCUCAGGAUGGCUGAAUGCCUGUCAGGGGCUUUCCAGCCAUUACUGAGUCAUCUUAGGCUAAUUAUGGAAGCCCCUCCCUGCCUUCCCUCCUUUGGCCUAUUAAAUUCACAUUUCCCCCUAGUAAAAUAGCAGGAGAUAUUCAUAGUGGAGUGUGCUCUGAUGCCUUCCAAGAAGAACUCUUACCCUGAACUCCUCCCUGACCUGGCCCCUGAGCUCCUCCCUGACCUGGCCCCUGAGCUCCUCCCUGACCUGGCCCCUGAGCUCCUCCCUGACCUGGCCCCUGAGCUCUUUCCUGACCUGGCCCCUGAGCUCUUCCCUGACCUGGCCCCUGAGCUCCUCCCUGACCUGGCCCCUGAGCUCUUUCCUGACCUGGCCCCUGAGCUCUUCCCUGACCUGGCCCCUGAGUUCCUCCCUGACCUGGCCCCUGAGCUCUUCCCUGACCUGGCCCCUGAGCUCUUCCCUGACCUGGCCCCUGAGUUCCUCCCUGACCUGGCCCCUGAGCUCUUCCCUGACCUGGCCCCUGAGCUCCUCCCUGACCUGGCCCCUGAGUUCCUCCCUGACCUGGCCCCUGAGUUCCUCCCUGACCUGGCCCCUGAGUUCCUCCCUGACCUGGCCCCUGAGUUCCUCCCUGACCUGGCCCCUGAGCUCUUCCCUGACCUGGCCCCUGAGCUCUUCCCUGAGCAAAGGUUGCUCUUGGUUAGCAAUAGAGGGCUGCACGGGAAUGGGGAACGUAGUAAUACCACGGAUAUAUGCGGUAAUCCACUGGAAUGGGGAUUAAAAUAAAAGUAUUCCUGGGGUAACAGUGGGAAUGGAGAUGAUCUUUACUGUAUUCCCGUGAGGAUAGUAAUAAAAUGUAUGGUAACACCACGGUAAUGGUAAUGAAAUUGUUCCUCUGUGCAUAUUCUUAGAUCGGCUAUAAAGUCACAGACAUGUUUAAUUUUACACUGCACUGUUGACGUGUUGGUGCACGCAGGGAGGGGGUGAUUUUCAUGCAUGCGGGGGUGGGAUAGGUACAGUUUGGAUGUUGGCGGGGACGGAUGGGGAUAGAUAUCAUCCCGUGUGACUCUCUAGUAGAUUCGUAUCCCUCAGGUGCAAAUUCAAUCAGCCUGGUUGGAGUCUGGCAACUACUGAACCUCCCCAGCACUCCUAAUCACAGAACCAACCAUGUCUCAAACUGACGUGGCGUGUCUAUGUGUGUGUGAAAGAGAGAGGCUGGGUACAGAUGGCACUGCGUUGUCACCAGUAAUAACGUCUAACUUCUUCCUGUACUCCA